CAUUAAAUUGACAAAGCGCGAUACGCGGAGUUUGAAUCUAAGAUGACAUACCUUGCACGAUUUGAUCCGAUUGAUUGUCAUUUUGAAAAACAAAGCUUUGAUUUAAGAGAAGAUGCAGCUCUAUGUCGAGUUUUUUAGGAUUUCUAGGUUUUUUUUAUUUUUUUUUAUCAAUGUGGUACAAAUGUGGGUCACGUCAACUCAUAAUUAUGGUUCCACUCUCAUCAUAACAUCAAUUUAAUGAAAGAUCAGAUAAUUAAUUACAUCAAAAGCAUAAAUUGAUAUUACUUCAAAACAAUAUGGUGCAAUACGAAAAAAUUGAAACUUCGUGAAUCGUUUUGAAAAUCAUUCAAAACUUUAAGGGUAUGAAAGCUCCCAUAAAAUACCUCCAUCCAUUUUGGUCAAUGAUCAAACUUUGUCACCUUUUGGCAAAAAAAAAAAAGAAAAAAAAACUUUGUCACCUACCUUAAGAAACCCCUUUUCUCUCUUCAUCAUCUUCACUUCCUCUUCCCUUUCCGAAAUUCUCAAGCACAAUGACCACUGAACAACCAGAGCCAAACUCCACCUCAGAUCAUAUCUUGGAUUGGCUUGAAGAUUCAGUCACUUUCUUCCCAUCUUUCUGGGAUGAUCCUUACCAUUCAAAUGACAUCGAUGGAGGACUUCAAUGGUGGGAUGAGAACCAUGAUCUUGUUCAUCCCACCACAAAUCCUACUUGUCUCAACAACCCAACUGGCAUUUCAAUCCCAACAACCACCACAGGGCCCCCAAAUCCCGCCAAUUUGAAUCAUCCGUCACCUACCGAUUCAUCUAAGAAGCGAAAGGCGUCCCCGGAAGAGCAACAAAUUGAUCGGAAGAACCACCACGGCCGUCCGAUCAAUCCUGCCGUCCCGGGGAACCAAUCAGGUGAAGAGGUAGUAGUGGUGCCAGUUAAGAAAUCAAAUGGGAACAAAAAAGGGACAGCCAAGGGUACGGGGAAUAACUGUAAUAACGGUAAUAGCAAGGAAGGGAGGUGGGCAGAGCAGUUGCUAAACCCUUGUGCCUCAGCCAUCACAGGUGGGAAUUCGACACGUGUCCAGCACCUCCUCUUCGUUCUCCACGAGCUUGCCUCAGUCACCGGCGACGCCAACCACCGCUUGGCAGCUCACGGGCUCCAUGCGCUGAAUCAGCACCUGUCCUCCUCCUCCUCCUCUGCCCCUAACGGCUCUGCCUCAGCGGCACCGGUUACUUUCACUUCCACAGAACCAAGAUUUUUCCAAAAAUCUCUGAUGAAAUUCUAUGAGGUGAGUCCAUGGUUUGCAUUUCCAAAUAACAUUGCGAACUCUUCAAUUCUCCAACUUAUUGCGGAAGAAUUUGAUCGAACUCGAACCCUUCACAUUGUCGAUGUCGGUGUGUCUCAUGGUAUGCAAUGGCCUACUCUGCUCGAGGCCCUGACUCACCGGCCAGGCGGCCCUCCGCCAUUGGUCAAGAUCACAGUUAUCGCCGGCGCUGAAAACAACCAAAACAGAGGGACCCCAUUUGCAGUAGGUCCUCCCGGUGACAAUUUCUCCAAUGGACUCCUCAGUUUCGCCAAGUACAUGAACAUCAAUUUGCAAAUUAAGCGCCUCGACGAUCAGCCAUUGAAAACUCUGAAUGCUCAACUGAUCGACGCCUCCAAUGACGAAACACUGAUCGUUUGCGUGCAAUUCAGGCUACACCAACUGAACCACAACACCCCGGAUGAGAGAACCGAGUUCUUGAAGUCCCUGAGGAGCAUGGAGCCCAAGGGGGUGAUCCUAAGCGAGAACAACAUGGAGUGCAGCUGCAACAACUGCGGGGAUUUUGCAACGGGGUUUUCGAGGCAGGUGGAAUACUUGUGGAGGUUCUUGGACUCGACCAGCGUGGCAUUCAAAGGGCGGGAGAGCGAGGAGAGGAGGGUGAUGGAAGGGGAGGCGGCGAAGGCACUGACGAACCGUGGGGAGAUGAAUGAGGGGAAGGAGAAGUGGGGUGAGAGGAUGAGAAGGGUAGGGUUUGUGGGGGAGGUGUUUGGGGAGGAUGCCAUUGAUGGAGGAAGAGCCUUGCUGAGGAAGUAUGAUAGUAAUUGGGAGAUGAAGGUGGAUGAGAAGGAUGGGUGUGUAGGGUUGUGGUGGAAGGGGCAGCCUGUAUCUUUUUGUUCAUUGUGGAAGCCUCAUGAGAGCGAAGGCAACAACUAAAAUUGGUGGUUCUAUUUUUAUUUUUAUUUUUAUUUUUUUAUGAACUUUACUGUUUUUAUUCCUGAUUAUCGUAUUUAAUUAAACGAAAACAACGGACAUAGUUAGAUACGAGUGUAUUUAUUAAUUUUCAAAUUUAAGAUUGGGUGGGUUUGCAA